AUGAAUCUGAAAAAUGAAGAUUGUUUUUCAGAAAAAGCAAUAAAUCUGCACAUUUCAAAUCCUUCCAUACAUUAUGAUAAAAGAAAAGAAACCAGGGAGAAUAAUUUCGGUGUUAAUGAAUCAAUUCAAUGUUCAAUGAAUUGUCUAUCUGAAUGGAAUCACCGGAAAAGUUAUCCUGUUACUGAUAUGACUAGAAUAAAUCAACAAGUAAAUUUUAUCAAUUCAAAUUAUACUACUGAAUUAUUACGUAUAAUGAAUUCAUCCUAUCAGUCUGUUAAAAAAAUUGAAGAUAAUAAUAACAAUAAUAAUAAUGCUGAAAUCAAAGAAAGUUUUUGGAGUAGUCCAGAAAUGAAAGUAUUGAAACUUCGUCUUGAAGAGCAUUUAAAUCGGAUUAAAGGUGUUAGUAGUGUAACAGCGACAGUGAUAAAGCCAACAGUAGGAGGAACAUCAACAACGGACGACACACGUGUACAUAAUUUAAAAACUCAAGAAAGCAGUCCAUCAAUCAAUAAAUCUCCAUUGUUAUCAGUGCUUAAAAAUGAAUACUUUUCAACACAAUCACACAUUACCAAUACGCCUGAUUCUCCUUACUUAGGUGUAUAUGGGUGUAUUCGAUCAGAUCCAAGUGCAUUUCGACCUGUUCAAAGCAGACAGAUUUCUGCCGAAUACAAAAAUCUUAAACCUCCGACAAGCAGUAAUCGUGUAAUUGAAAGUUUACUCAACAGUAGUAGAUCGACUAACUCAUCCACUCCAAUACAACAAUCUCAACAACAACAACAACUUUGUACAUAUUCAUCACAAUCAACUAUUUCUCAGUCGAAUGCCGUCCAUUCUAAAAUCAAUAAUAUGAAUAAAACUUCUCAAAAUUUGUCUACACCGAUAUUGACUAAAUAUGAAAUAAAUCGCUUAGAACAAUUACAUUAUCAUCAGCACCUAUUUAACCCUUCAAUUGAACACUUGAACAAGACAACAGCACAAACUAACCUUUCAAAUAUUUCUCAAACCUCAGGAAAUAACAUUAAUAAUAGGGAUAAUAUUGAUGAGAAAUGUAUAUUCUCAACUUCACCAACAACAAUAAUAUCAUCAACAUCUACAAUAUAUCAAGAUAAAAAAUUACGGAAAUCACAUCCUAGUAAAAAGUGUCAAAAAUGUACAUGUUUCAAUUGUCAAAUGGCGCGUAAUCUGAAAACAAACAAUAAUAAUAAUAACAAAAAUGUCUUCAAUGGUUUCAAUAUCAAAAAACUUAAUGUAGAAAAUAGAAAUUCAAUGCAUAAAGUACAUAUAUGUGACAUAUGUGGAAAAACUUAUAGUAAAACAAGUCAUUUAAAAGCUCAUUUAAGAUGGCAUAAUGAUGAAAGACCAUUUCAGUGUAUAUAUGAAUUAUGCAAUAAAGCAUUUACUAGAUCAGAUGAAUUACAACGUCAUUUACGUACACAUACUGGUGAAAAACGUUUCUUAUGUAAUAUAUGCAAUAAACGCUUUAUGCGUAGUGAUCAUUUAAGUAAACAUCGAAAAACGCAUGAAAUACACAGAAGCAGUAUGCUAAAUACAAACAUAUAAAUUAGGUUUUUGUUAUUAGGAAAUAUGUUUGAGUGUUUCGGACCAACCUGUCUUCAUCAGUAUUGAAUGUG